GCAAAAGCAGCCUGUUUUGACUGAGGUGACCAUGUGACAAUGGAGCCACCUGGAGAUGUUUUUCUGUAGAAUAGAAUGCCUGGAAAGGUCAGAAAUAUUUACAUUGAUCUCAGACCUUCAGUGGAUGAAGACCAAGCGUGUGUAAACAGAUGGAGUGCUAUCAGCCUUCCUGAGGGCGACAGAAGUGCAACCAUGAGCUUUAUGCUGUAGCUGUUUCUUUCUCCGUCUGUGUGCCGAUCGGGAAGAAUGCAGCUCUGGAGAAGGGGAGCGCUGCAUUAAACAUGAUGAAGACCGAUACAUCCUCAGCAUCAGCAGCAGCGAGCCUGAGGAGCCCUUCUCCCCACCGCAAUGCCUAUGAAGCAGAGAUUCAGGCUCUGCAGCAAAAUAGCAGCGACAGCAAACCCACUGCCAAUGGAGAGCAGAAAGCAGCCGAGGAUGCCGAAGGGAGGAAGCAGAGCCGGGGCAAGAAGUACGGAUCCAAUGUCCACAGGAUCAAGAACAUGUUCCUGCAGAAGAUGGGCACCACCCCGAAUGAAGCGACUGGCAUACCAGCCAAAGGCAAGGAAAGGGCUGUACGCCUGUCCCUACCCAGAGCCAGCAGCCUGAAUGAGAAUGUAGACCACAGUGCCCUCCUGAAGCUUGGCACUAGUGUCUCAGAGAGGGUGAGCCGCUUUGACACCAAGACCGAGAGACCCUUCUCCAAGCUGCAGGAGACCAGGAAGCUCUUCGAGAAGAACAUCCAGGAGAAGAAUGUCUCCAACCGGAUCUUGCUGAAAAAGGAAAGGGCUGGGCUCAAGGAUAGCAAGUUGGACGUGGUGGUCCGCUUCAAUGGGAGCACCGAGUCACUGGACAGCCUAGAAACGGAGGCCAUUUCGCCCACGGUCAGUCAGCUCAGUGCUGUCUUUGAAAGCGGUGCCAACCAGCGCAAAGCCCUAGAGCGAGGGCCAAGGCCAGGCACCUGCCCCCUCAGUUCCAAACCACUAUCCAGAAAGUCAAAAUUAGUUCUUAAGAACCAGCAAGAGGCACUUAAGACAGAAGGUGGGAGUAACAGCGAUGGCGAUUUCUCCCUUGAUCUACCUGGGGCCUCAGGCCAAAUCAGAAAAGAAGCUGAGGAACCGCAGUCUGAUAAGACUCUGGGUGGUUCCCCGUCUGGAAACAAUUUAGCCAGCAAGUUGGCAUCACUUGUGAAGCAUGGGGACAGCUUGAAAGAAACCAGGUCAAUAGCAACUGCACAGAGGUCACAAAAAGUUGAGGAAGUCAGAAAAAUUAGGCCGGUGGAAGUGGAAGACACUGUAGUGUCUGAUCAGAAACCUGGACCUACGGAUGAUGGAAAGGAGGAUCCAGAACCCGUUCUGAACGACUCUGAAAAUGGCACUGGACUCCAACAGGGAGAUGCCGUUUUGGAAACUUGUGAGAUUAAAUCGGUUGAGACCGGAGCCCUGCUCCAUGAUGCUAGUUCAGAAAAUGGAGAUCUUCCCAAAGACUCUUUGGAUCAUUUCCAGUCCUCUCCUUUGGAAUCCGCAGAAGGGACUGCGCAUCAGGUCGAGGAGUCCUUGUCAUCUAAAGCAGAUUCCUUUGAAGAGGGUGAGCAGGUUAAAAAUGACCUAGAUCUAUAUGAUCAUUGCAAAAAAAAUGAAGAUGUUUCUGAGGCAGAUAUGGUGGAUAUUAGCGCCUUUAGUGGGGUUGGUGAUGAAUCUGAAGGAAGUUGUCUGGAUGAUGAUGAGGAUGAUGCCUUUGAACCAGAAAGUGGCUAUUCAGAGAUCACUGGAUUAUCUGAUGAAGAGGAACCCAUGCCACAUAGAAAGAUUCGCUUUAGCACCGCAUCAAUUAAAGUGGCAAAGGCACCAUCCACCAUGUCUGUCACAGAUUUGGAGGUCUCUUCAACACUUGAUGGAGAGGGAGAACCCACCGUUUCGGCCAGCCUUUCCGACUGUUCCGAGGAGCCGAGCAUGUUUUGCUCCCUUCCCAUUUGUGAGUUUUCAGCUUUCAUAUGGUCCACGUACUUGUUCAGGACUAUUGCACCUACCCUAACUUUAUACGUCAUGGGACCUGACUGUGCGACGGCCAUGCCCCAUUCCCAUGGUUCCCACACCAAACUUUAGUCCCCUGUAUCAAACUGUCUGUCUCACUUAGCAGAAUCUUGUGUCUGGCCUCGGUGUUCCUGAUGCCGUUUCACCCUCCCUUUCAGGUCUGGGAAGAUCAGAUUUAAGAUCUGGUGCGGAGUGUUCUCCCCAUUAACAUCUCUGUUGGCAAUCCCUGUAGCUGCAUAAUGGGUGGUCCAAUAAUUAAAUAGGAACUGGGACAGUUUUGUAUCUAGUGAAGCUGUAGGCUGUUUCUUUAAGCCUGCCUUCAAAGUUUGGACUGCUCUUUCUGCCAGGCCAUUCGAUGAUGGAUAAUAUGGAGCUGUCCUUAUAUCAUCAUCAUAGAAUCUCUACAGUGUGGAAAGAGGCCCUUUGCCCCAACAAGCCCACACCAACCCUCAGAGCAGCCCACCCAGACCCAUCCCCCUAAUCUACACACCCUUUAGCAUGGCCAAUCCACCUAGCCUGCGCAUCUGUGGACUGUGGGAAGAAACCCACGCAGACACGGGGAGAAUUUGCAAACUCCACACAGACAGUCACCCGAGGAUGGAAUUGAACCCGGGUCCCUGGCGCUGUGAGGCAGCAGUGCUAAACACUGAACCACCGUGCCGCAAUGCUAUUCAACUUUAGGAAAUGCUCAAAUUCUCUGCUGCUAAAGAAUGGCCCGUUAUCAGUGACCAACACUUCCGGAAGUCUGUAUAUUGCAAAAUAUGCGCCAAGUUUUUCUAUUGUCGUCCCUGUGUUUAAUGAAUGAACUCUAUGCAUGUCUAGUGACUUUGGAGAGGGUGUCCACAAUGAUGAAGAACACUGAGCCCAUGGAAAGACCUGCAUAGUUGAUGUGUAACUGAGUGCAGGGUUUACCCAGCCAUUCCCACAGAUGUGGGCGAGCUGCUGGUGGUAAUUUUUGUCCAUGUUGGCACUUUUGGCACCAGCAAUGCAGCUAUGUCUGCAUGCAGCCCUGGCCACCAGACAUAAUUUCUCACCAACAUCUUCAUUUUGGAAACCCCUGGAUAACCCUGGUGGAGUGCAGUCAGUAUCUGGUGGCAACCUUUGCGUGGUACAAUCCCUCAUGUUCCCCAUAAUAAAAUGCCACCGUUUACUGUGAUAGAUGUAAGUUCCGGUACAGAAGUUGGAGCAGGGGCAUCUUUGAUCACCCUCACUUUAUCUUCGCAUGGUAUAGUUGACUCUAAAGCCCAUGUAGGUCACUUGGCGUCCCUGCAAAACAUGUUUUUCCCCUCUAAGAUGUAUGCCGACCUGGGAGAAACAUCUAAGAACAAUAUUCAAGUUCUCUAAGUGCUCCAACUGGUUUUCCCUGUUAUUGGCACAUGAUAUAGAUAAAUGGCGUCCUGGGAUAGACUUUGUAAAGUAUUCUUCAUCGUCCACUGAAAAAUUGCACAGGCUGCCCCAAAUGGCAGUCUCAUAUAUUGGUACAAACCCUUACGGGUAUUAAUUGUUGCAUACUUCUGGGAAUUCUCAUCUAACCACGAUUGCAAGCGCUUGCGGCUCUUGUCAGACUUCAUGAAGGACAGCUCCCCCCCCACCCCGCAGCCAACUUCGCAUAUGAAUCCUCUAUGUGAGGGUUUGGGUCUUUAUCCAGUUACAAAAAGCAGCUUACCGUUUGGUUAAAAUCCCCAUAAAGGCGAACUGAACUGUUGGGCUCCAUUAUCAGUGCAAGCAGUGCUGCCUAUUCUGCAGACUGCACUAGUUUGAUGGUUCCUUUGCUUUCCAACCUUCUGGUUUCUGCCUCUACUUUUUCCCGUAAGGCAAAUGGCACUGGACAGGCCUUGCAGAAUCACAGAAUUGCUUCCUGCUCAACAUGUAAGGUGGCCUCGACCUUCCUGACAAACUUCUGGGUAUUUAAUUAGGACUUUGCUCAGGCAGCCAUUUUCUAAUUGAAAAAUGUUGAACCAAUCUAAGUGAAUCUUUCUUUCUUAACCAAUUUUGUCCCAUCAGGCUUGGGCCCGAGCAUUUUUCUACAGUCAAUGGUAACAGAACCAGCUGCUUCUCAUAAGAGACCAGAGCCAAAGGUGUACCCCUAAUCUUUAGGAGGGUCCCGGAUAUAGCUUCUCAGUCUAGCGGCGAUCUUGCACAGACCUAAGGGCUGGAGUGCAGAGCAAAUUUUGUUAAAAAUUGGUUCUGCAAUCACUGAAAUGGCCAAGCUGGUAUCAACCUCCAUUAGAACUGGAUGACCAUUUAACCAGAAGUUUAUUUGAUUGGUUCUGAUUGAGAUAUUGCUAAGCAGUUUAACUGUUCCAAACCAGAUGUAGGUGGACUUUUGAGGGUUUGCGCUCUCCUGGAUACCAGCCUAUGAGUUCUCUUACUGAGUUUAGGUCUGGUGGGGCUAUUUGGCUGUCUUGAGUCCGCAUAUCAGCAGCAAUUACAAUCGCUUGCCUACCCAGCUCCUGAAGAAAACUUGAACUGUUUGGCUGAGGUUUAGUCUUGUUUCAGGGUUUUGGUAUGGGCGGACCUAGAGUCAGUCUAUUCAGGGUAUGUCCUGAGUGAGGCUAUGCAAUUGCCUUCACUCACUAGGUGUUCUUGAAGCUCAGUCAGUGUGGCGAGGGUGUCCACUUCCAUCAGAAUACCCUGCAACUCAUAUGCUCCACUUGUCGGAUUUUCUAAUGAUAAAGUGAUUUGUAGUUCCUGCUUGAAGUCCACUUGGGCUUCAGCUAGUAGGUGCUUUUGCACGGUUCUGUCAUUAAUCCCACAUACCAAACAGUAUCUCAACAUCUCAUUCAGGAUUAAACCAAAGUCACAUGCCUCGACCAGUCAUCUUAGCCUCAUCAAAAGUAUCAUUAUGGAUUCCCCUGGCUCUUAAAUUGCCAAGUAAAACCAAUAGCAUCUCAGAAUUAGAGGAGUUUUGGAGUUGUAACAUUCCUUAACUAAAUCCAUCAACUCUUGGAAGGUUUUAGGAACUGGUGCCUCAGGGAAAGUUACGGUCCUAAUAAUCGACGAAACUGCCAGUCCACAAGCUGUCAGGAGAAUUUCUCGUCGCUUUUCACCUUCGCCAGUGCCAUUUGUCCAGAAAAAAUAAUAAAUUCUUUCCACAUACUGGGCCCAGUUUUUGAUGGCAGGAUCAAAUAAGUCAAGCUUCCCAAAUACCGGCAGAACGUCAGAACUGCUUCCCCUAACUCAAAGACGACUGUUGCGAACGAAUUUCUUCAGGAGUAUGAUUCAAUCUUGUUGCUACUGAAAUAACUGCACAGAGACCUGUAACCUGUCACCAAGUCACCCUUUAUUUAUAUGUGGAAUGUCCUUGAAACUGAUUCCAUUCCCUCAGAUCCAGCUCUGAGUGAACAGAGAUGUCUGACACUCCUGUUCUUAUCUGUUAGCCAUGGCUCCCUGAUUGGACCAGAUUAACAGCCCCAAUCAGGAAACUAAUAUGCUGUGAGGUCCAUCUGGUUGACCUCGUUACAAUCACUAUAGUGUCCAUGGAGAGAAGGGCUUGUCACGAUAGGACACAGAUUUAAGGGAAUCAGCAAAAUAACUAGUGGUGACAUAUGGAAUCUUUCUUUUACCCAGUGAGUUGUUGUAUGGAAUGCUCUUCCUGGAAGAAUAGUGAACGUAGAUUUAGUAUUAACACCCAAGAGUCAACUGGGUGAGCACUUGAAGGAAAGAAUAAUUACAAGAACAUUGGGAAAGAGCAAGUGAGUGGGUCUAAUUAGAUAGCUCUACCGAAGAAACAGCACAGGCACAAUGGGUCUAAUGGCCUCCUCCUGUGCUGUUUUCAGAUAUUACGAUAUCUUUAUAUAUGAUGGAUUAAAGUAAAGGAGAAACAAAUAAACAGCAAAGCAAAUACACUUCAUUAAAUUGGAAUUGAUUUGCAUGGUUUCUGGUAUUCAAAAUACAGCUGUAAGGAAAAACACAACCCGUGCUUGUUUGCCAGUGAAGCUAAUAACUUAGCUUGGUGUUUGAAAUGUUUUCUUCAACUAUGUUAAACAAUGUCAAUUAAACUAAUUAUAUCAGCACUUGAUUGCUGAAA